AUGGAUAUCUCUGUAGUAUUGGCCGCGGAUGUUCUGCCGUCGUCCGACAUGCGAAACACCCUCAUUCUGGUGGGCCAACGGAGCGUCGCUGGGAGCGGCGAGCGUCGAGAGCAGACCCGCUGCAUUGUUUUCGAUGUGAUUCCGUGUGCCGACAUUGAUGUGGUCGUGGAGCAGGUAGAGUGCUUGGAGCAGGUUCUCCCGUGCGGCAUCGGUGUCUUGGGCGUCUUGCUCUCUGGCGAUGGUGCCAAGGAACUCGUGGGUCUACGGCGCUCCAUCAAGAACCAUGCGCAUGUCUCCGCGCUUUUUGCCGUGACGUGCAGUAAGGGGGGGAAGGUGCAGUGCCAACUCCUGCAAUCAGGAAAGACGCUGGCUGUGAUUUUACUUGAAACAAGACCCGUGUUUGUCACAAUGGCGUGCUACUUUAAUUGCCCCUUGAACCUAUUCCCGUUUAUAGUUCGAUCCGGUGCUGCGGACGCGAAGCAUAGCGUCGUUGUAGACAGUACUAGCACCACUGUUCUGGAGCACAAUGACAUCUGGACUGUAGUCGAUAAUCUUUAUGCGGUACAGCUGGGCAAGAAAGAGGGACAAAGGGAGGACAUGCUGUGUGUGCACGUGACGUUUGCCCCACUUUUUUCGUGUGGCCGAGACGUGUAUAGCGCCAUAUGCUCACUUCUACCGAAGGUCGCGCAAAGACCAGAAGGUGUGGUGGUGCAGGUAGAGUCGCAGCGGCACCCCGCACUGCUGUAUCAGUGGAUCUUUACACCCACGGAAAGGGGUGCAGCCACCCUCUCCAUGGAGCAGUGGAACGAGCUGCGAGAAUUAAUUGAGGACGGCGUGGGGGAGGAGGUGCAGUCGUCUCAAGUAGUGAAGGACGCAUUUCUAGGAUUACAGCCUGCGCCCAUAGAGGCUGCAAAAAUGAGGGGGACGGACACGGCAAAGAAACCAGAGGAAACCUUGCUCGCAGAGGAAUUCGCCCAGCUUGAGAGGGAGCGGAGUCAGUGGCUGAGGUACAUACCACCUACUUUGGUCGUGUGCUAUACCAUUUUUUGGGUGUUUUUUUGGUAG